AUGGGUCAAAAAAAGUUUAGAGGCGUACGUCAACGCCACUGGGGUUCUUGGGUUUCCGAAAUCCGACACCCUUUACUGAAGAAAAGGGUGUGGCUAGGGACGUUCGAGACGGCGGAAGAGGCGGCCAGAGCGUACGAUGAGGCCGCGGUUCUAAUGAGCGGCUGCAACGCGAAGACGAACUUCCCGAUUCUUAAAGCGGAGUCGUACGCUUCGCCUUCGACGGCCACUUCUGCUCUAUCGGCAAUGUUAAGUGCCAAGCUUCGGAAAUGUUGCAAGGCGCCGUCUCCGUCGCUGACCUGUCUCAGGCUCGACACCGAGAGUUCUCAUAUUGGUGUAUGGCAAAAACGGGCGGGGGUUCAUUCGGAUUCCAACUGGGUUAUGACGGUUGAGCUUGGGAAGAAGAAGACGGAUCACAAGAUCGAGGUUGAAGCCGAUGAUCCAAGUUCAAGGGGAAUCGACGAUGAUGUUCAUACUAGAAGCAGUGAGGAAGAGGAUAAAAUUGCAUUGCAAAUGAUUGAGGAACUCCUCAACACAAAUUAGUGGAUUGACAUAUACAAUAAAUCUUACAGAUGAAGGGGAUGCUUGGUUCAGUCUUAUUCCCUGUUUAAAUUGGAAUGAA